GUUUUAGCUGGAGGAGUCACCUGAUAGGGAUUGGAGGGACUUUUUCCCCACCCCCAGCAGCUAGGAGACCGCCCACAACAGACAGUCGGCCCUAGACCCCUUAUAGAUUUAAAAGAGAGGCUGCAUUCACAGGCUGACAUUCAUCCAACACGAUCCUAAGUAAGCUGAGUACUUUCCGCUGUCUGUUUCAUUACUUCAGUUCACGUUGCCUUCACCAUGCUAAGGAUGCUAAGGAAACAUCAGCUCCGUCCGGGCGUGCUUUUAUUACUUGUAUGGCUCUGUCACUUCCUACAAGAUCAAAAGGUGCAAGCUGGUAACUGCUGGCUGCAGCAGGGUAGGAACGGAAGGUGCCAGGUCCUAUACAUGCCUGGGAUGAGUAGGGAGGAAUGUUGUAGGAGCGGUAGACUGGGGACCUCGUGGAGUGAGGAAGAUGUCCCUAACAGCACUCUGUUUCGAUGGAUGAUCUUCAAUGGUGGGGCCCCAAACUGCAUACUUUGCAAAGAAACAUGCGACAACGUGGACUGUGGCCCGGGCAAGAGGUGCAAGAUGAGUAAGAGGAGCAGGCCGCGGUGUGUGUGCGCUCCCGACUGCUCCAACGUCACCUGGAAGGGCCCUGUGUGCGGAUCCGACGGCAAGACCUACAAGGAUGAGUGCGCCUUGCUGAAGGCGAAGUGCAAAAGUCACCCCGACCUCGACAUUCAGUACCAAGGCAAAUGCAAGAAGACCUGCCGUGAUGUUCUUUGUCCUGGAAGCUCUACAUGCGUGGUGGAUCAAACCAAUAACGCCUACUGCGUGACCUGUAAUCGUAUCUGCCCCGAGGUGACAUCACCGGAACAGUACCUUUGUGGAAACGAUGGCAUCAUUUAUGCAAGUGCCUGCCAUCUGAGACGAGCCACAUGCCUCCAGGGCAGAUCGAUCGGCGUUGCAUAUGAGGGAAAAUGCGUCAAGGCCAAGUCUUGUAAUGACAUUCACUGCAGCGCAGGUAAGAAGUGUCUCUGGGACGCGAGGAUGAACAGGGGGCGCUGUUCCGUCUGCGGCGAGCCGUGCCCGGAGAGCCGCUCCGACGAAUCUGUAUGUGCCAGCGAUAACAGCACAUAUCCCAGCGAGUGCAGCAUGAAGCAGGCUGCUUGUGCUAUGGGGGUUCUGCUGGAAGUUAAGUAUUCAGGAUCUUGCAACUAAAAUACCUCAAAGAUGCUGCCCCUUGGCUCUGCUGCAGGGAUCUCGGUCCAGCGCAGGUGUCAUUCAGCACAUUAUCAGCAGCUGCAACAAGGGAUGCCUAAAAGGAGAAAAAAAUAGAACAGAAAAGCACUUUUUUUCUGCUUUCAGGAAUCUGUCAGAUGGGCCUGAGCUACUGAAUCUUCACACACACUCCCUCCCCUUGCCAGUUCUUACUUCCUAGACUAUGUAAAUUGCGCUGCAUAAUUUGAGGUGCCACACUGCAUCCCUGGCUAUGGGGUCAGACCUGUGUAAACAUGCACUGACUGCUGGGCUGUUGUGAUCCCUAUUUAUACAACAGAUGCCCUGUAUUCUCCCAUAUAGCCAUUACUGAAGACCAGGAGGAUGACGAUGAAGAUGAAGAUCAGGACUACAUGGCUUAUAUCCAUUUAUCUUCAUUUCUGGACGGAUAAAACACCACUGCUUGUGGGACAGUCCUAGGACAAUGACUUUUGUUCAUACUGUACAAAUGUGUAUGCUUAUUUAUUUUUAAAAAAGUAUACAUAUAGUAUAGUCUGAUAGAUGUUUAUUUAUACUAUGUUCAUGUUUAAUAAUUUAUACAUUUACAAUGCCAGGCUUACUAUCUACCAAGCUAUUUUGUAUUAUUGCCCGAUUUUGGUCAUUGCCACUUCUGUCUUUUGUAAUGAAGAGUUAUACAGUAUUUGUCCAAAGAUAAGCAGUGUUAUUUAUUGUGAGGUAUGACGUUAUCACGUGAAGUAUACAUCUCCUGCAAGUUGUCAAUCGCAUCCCGUGAGCUGUACAUAUCUGCUUAACACGAUUAUUUUCUGCAUUGCAGGUAUUUAUGUUGGAAAAUGCAUGCUAACUUUUGUGUUAAUUUAUCUGGACACUUUUCAGUGAUGUGCAGAAUUGUCUGUUUACAACUCACUAGAACUGACCAAAGGGGCUGUCUCAGUGGUUCUGCAAAUAUACUUUUUGUGGUGUAGCACAGCGAAAUUAAUGAGCCAUUUUGCCUAGAAGUAAGCAAUGUGUUUUUGUAUCUUGGGAACAGAGGACUAAGACACUGCGCUAUCAGUAUUAGUAUUCUGUUGCAGUAUUUUUUCUACAUUAGAAUAUCAAUGGAGUUUAGACAAUACCUGGUUUUGUCAAAAAUGUGCCAAUAGCUUUUAUAUGCCAUUUUUGCCAAUGUAUGUAUUUUCUCCUGGCCAAUGUUCUGCUCCAUGUUGCUCUUGCAGGGCUAACAAUCAGAUAAUAUAGAGUCAUGAAACAAUGUAUCAGACCUUACUACUCUAGUUUUCUCACAUUUUUCACAUAUAAGGCAAAUACAAAUCCAGUUAUAAAUAUAUAGUUUUGUAUUUUUUAUGUAAAUGUCAAAUGUAUAUAAAAGUUAUGAUGGAAUUUGUACAGAUACGA